UGCGGUCUGAUGACGUCAAGAAAAGUUUGUCCUGACGAUGAGGGCGCUGUUAAUCUGAACUCCAAAGUCAAUUCUUAAUCGAAAAUUGUGUCCUUUUUUUGCAGCAGUCACGUUAACCGAACGAUGGCAGAGUCUCCAUCACUAAGCUUAGAGCAUGCCUCAGAUGAGCGGCAGCCCAUCCCAGAAGGAUCUCUCCAUCCCCAGUCUGACCAGACAGCUAGAGCUGCUAUUGGUGAACUAAAAAACAAUGAUCGCACCCUGCAUAGUGCUGACCUGAAAGCAGAUGGCAGCGUUUCUUCAGCUGGCAAUGAGAAACACCUGCAGCAUACAGUGAAAGCUAUAGGCCAAGGUAUGAAGACAGCUUGUCUACAAUGGGAGCAACUGAUGCUAGAGAGCGAGCAGUUUGAGCUGUUCUGUCCCACCAGGGUGGACAAGCUCUUACAGGAGGCCAAAGCAAUGGAGGCCCACUUGCUGCAUCAGAAGGAGCAGCUCAUCAACCGUCUCAGGAAACUCUCCCAGACUCUGCAGGUUGUACCUUAGCUACGUUCAACAUUAUCCAGGCAUCAAACAUCGAUCAAGGAGCCCCUAGUGUUAUUGCCAAGCCCAUCACAAGUCCCCAUAAGUCAUCACAAGUCCUUACCAGUCAUCACAAGUUACAGUUACUCAAUGUUUCAAAAUGACAUUUCAAAAUGUUGUACUUCCACAAAAUUAUACACCCUGUUCCAUUUUUGAUUCCAAUAUUUCAAUUCAAAACGUAGCAAAAAAGGUCUUGAGGUAUUCUACUAUUGAAUUUUCAAUUCAACUUGCACUUUUAACAAUUAUGCAAGCUGCUUCAUUUACUUGAAACAGAAUAGAAAUGUUCACAUCUAAAACAAACCCAAUGAAGGCUUUUGUACUGUUUAACUUCCCAUUUGGGAUGACUUUAUUUUAUAAGAAUAACUUUUCAUGUGUUACAAAAAGUAUCUUAAAAAA